GUUUAGACUGCUGGAAAUGUGAGAGCCAAACAGGCGAAGCACGCGGAAGCUCCGGAGAGACGAGCAGCAUGACGGAGAGCGGCAGCGCCGAGCAGGUCCAAGGAGAAAGUGGAGAUCUGAGGAGCGUAAAGGUACCCAGGAGGGUCAUCCACUUUGCCAAUGGUGAAACAAUGGACGAGUUCAGCACUGAUGAGGAUGAUGAGGAAGAGGAGGGCAAUCAGAAUAAACUUCAGGAGGCACCCGUUGAUAAAUCUCAACUCUCCUGGGGUUCGUAUCUGUGGUUUCUGACGAUUCGUUUUGCCUUGGCGUCACUGAACACUUGUGAUUUCCUUGGAGGAAAGCUGGCAAACAUCCUCGGACUUAACACACCGAAGUACCAGUACGCCAUUGACGAACACCACCAAAGACAGAACGAGGGAUCAGAAGAUGAUGAUGAGGAGUAUGAGCUAGAAGAGCAGAACUGCAAUGAAUCCCAGGAGGGCCAACAUCUCUCUUUACAAAAUGCGGAAUAUGGCGCGAUAAAGGCGAGUCCCAAAGCUGAGCUCUUUGAAGAGAAAUCCGAGAGUGAUGGCAGCGGGACGGUCAACACUAGCUACGGGGGUGAUUAACAUGAGACCCUCCUUGAGCUCUCGAACCCCUCCACGACACUCCUGUUACUACCGCUUGAUGGAGGAAGUAAACCUCAAGUUUAAACCUGAAAGCACAAGUCAAGUGGAGACAAAUCACAAAUUUAAUUGUAAAAUGUGGAGGAUUUGCCACCUAUGGUGGCACACCGUUUUAACAUUAGAAAUAUUUAAAAAUAUACUGUAAUUGAGAUGUUAUUUGGAAAAUACCAAAGUGAAUGAAAGAUGACAAAUUCUCCUUUCACUCCUCAUAUGCUGUAUGAGUCGUCGCCCCUCAGCUAAGGUGGUCUCGUUCCAGGAGUGCUGAAUGGUACGGAGCUGGUCUGGCAGACAUCCUAACAGGACUAGGAUGCUUUGUGCCAACAUCCUGUACUGUGAAAUUAUAACUGACUAGUAUGUGCAAUUCUAAUCACUUCACGAACACCCAUUGAGGUCUAUAUGUGUAUUGUUAGCAAACUUCAGAUUGUAAGAAUUCUUAUUCUGUGUACAUUUGUGCCUUUGUUGUCCGUUGCUGUAACUUGGCAAUUUCCUUCUGGAUUAAUAAACUUCCUAAACGUUCAUCUCA